AUGGGCAAGGUCAAGUACAUCCUGCUCGACUGUGACAACACACUAUGCCAGUCCGAACGUUUGGCCUUUGAGGCCUGCGCAGAUUUGACCAACGAGGUCAUGGAGAAAUAUGGAAUCGAUGCCCGCUAUACCACCGACUCUCUGCUCGAGGAUUUCGUUGGCAACAACUUCCGGAACAUGCUGAUUGGACUUCAAAAGAAGCACAACUUCAGCAUGACGGCAGACGAUGUGGACGCCUACGUUGCACAAGAACUCGGUCGUGUGACAGAGAAGCUCAGCGAAAAGGCWAUCGAAUGCCCGGGCGUCACCGAGCAGCUCGAGUGGGCCAAGGCUCAGGGCUACCCAAUGUCCGUUGUAUCAACCUCUGCAAAGCCACGUGUGGUCGCGUCCCUCAAGAAGUGCAAUCUCAUGCGAUUCUUCACCGACGAGCACGUGUACUCGGCCGCCACAUCCCUUGACCCACCCACCAGCAAACCGGAUCCCGCCAUCUACCUGCAUGCGUGCAAAGAGUUGGGCGUCAAGCCUGAGGAGGUCUUGACUGUGGAGGAUAGCAAAUCUGGCGCAACGGCGGCUAUGCGUGCUGGUAUCCCAUGCAUCGGCUACGUCGGUAUCUACGCGCUUGAAGAGGGCAAGGAGAAGGAGGCCAAGAUGGCAAAGACCCUCGCUGAGGAGACAAAAACGGCGGUCACCAUGUACAACUGGAAGGAAUUCCCCGAGUGUGUUGCGAAAAUUGAGGCAAAGCUUUGA